UUUUCUCCUUGAAACAUUACAGGCAAAAGGCAAAUAUUAGGAAGGAAAUAAUAGACAGCAACCGCAAAAUAGUGUCCAAUGGCAAAAUUUAACAUGUAUAAAGAAUGAAAUUUGACCGUUCCGAGGCAGGAAAAAUGAAAAGGAAAAUUAAUUUGAGACUCAAAUAGGGGUGGGGGCGGGAUAUUAAUAAAGUAUCACUGAAGAAAAAUUCAUGGAGAUGCUCCCCUUUAAGGGGCAAAUUUUUCCAAUUUUUUUUUUAAAUUUAAUUUUAUUUUAUAGUGCUGUUUGUAAUUUAACUGGAGGCGCUUUUGAAUUUUCCAUUUUGGGUGAGGAUUAUUAUUAUGAAAUUUUGUCAACUAAUUCUGAUCCUUUACUUGGUGGUCAAGCUUUUGAUAAUGCUAUUUUAAAUUAUUUUGUUUCUGAAUUUAAACGAGAGAAUGGAAUUGAUUUAACCAAGGACCCCGUUGCUAUUCAACGCUUAAGUGAAGCUGCUGAAAAGGCAAAAUGUCAACUUUCCGGCUCAACUCAAACAGAAAUUAUUCUUCCAAAUAUAAUUCUUGAUUCUACUGGAAUUAAUAAACAUUUUCAAAUAAAAUUGACUCGUUCAAAAUUUGAAGAAUUGACUGAAAAUUUAAUUCAAAAAAUUGGACAACUUUGUGAAAAAACAUUAAAAGAUGCUGGAAUAAAAAAUAAAUUAGUAGACGGCGAUAAUAAGAAGGGAGGAUCAGAUUUACAAAGUUUUUGCUUUUGGAGGAAUAUUAGAAAUGUCAUUGAAGACAUUUUCAAAAAGGAAAUAGAUGAAGAUUCUCAACUUGAAGAUGGAAAAAUUGCACUUGGAGCUGUUUAUUUAGGUGUUAUUUAUGGUGAUAUAAAUUAUUUGGAUGAUAAACGAAUUUGUAAAAAUCGAGCUUAUAAAUUGGCUUCACGAAAAAUGUUUCUUGAAGAAAGAAAUGAACCUGGUCCGUUUUGUCUUAUAGACUUCGAUGCUAAAUAUUUUCUGAGAAUUAUGUUAAGAAUGAUUAAAAAAUAUUAUGCUUCAUUACAUAUUGAUAUCCAAUCACGUAGCGCAAUAAAAAUUUUGGGCGAAUUUGCUUUAGAUUCUGCUAAUGAUAAAGAAGUCCGGUCAUCUAUGGCUCUUCAUAAUGCUGAUCAUUAUUCUACUGGAGGUUUUGGGUGUUACGGCAUGUAUUCGGAAACUGAAUCUGAUGUUAAAGGGUUUCGCGAUGAAGUUUACAAUUUUUUUAAAAAUUUUAUGUUUAUAAACAAAAAGAAAGUUUGGACUAAAUUAAAGCCUUAUGUUUAUAAAAUUAAUUUAUCUGAACCAACAGAAGAAGAAAAGAAAAAAAGAAGAGCUAUCUAUAGCCUCCCCCUGAAAUUGAGAAAAUUGUACCAUUAUAGAACGAUCAAAGAUAUUAAGUUUAAAAAAAUAAAAAAAAUUCCAAAAACUAAAGGUUUUCAUAAGCUUAAAGCAAAAAAGAAAAGGUAUUUUUUAUUUAGAGCAUAUUAA